AUGUUCGGAGGAAAACAGGCUGUAUCCUUGAGAAAAUGGCGAAAGAAGAAUCCAGACGAGCAGCUUCAAAGCGCCAAGUCAAUGGGCAUGGUCUUUGAAUACAUGAACGACCCAAAGGUAUGGGAGAAGUUCUGUGACACAUACGAAGCCAUCUAUAAUCGUCUGGGUGAAUUCGACGAUUUCUCCGCAAGAAACAACCGGAACCUUCCUAAAAUUCAGGAAGAAUGGCCCAUAUUCAUCGAUGUCGUUCUGAGUUCGAUGGCCAAUCGAUCGAAGGGAACUUUCAAUUGGAUGUUCCGAAAGCGAAAGUACGUACUUGACAGCAAGUCUCUUCUUCAACGCCCCUAG